AUGCAUAAGGCUUGGAAGGAGAAGCUCGUUCCGAAUGGCACCCCUAUACAUUUCCUGGCUGAUGAUAAGGGCACGUUCACCAGUUCAACGGGCCUUGAGUCGUUUUCGAUGCGGUAUCCUUGCUACGCGUGCCUCGAGUCAAGCUUCUGCGCUCAUGAGGACGGCCUAGCACUACGUCAACGACAUCUAGGUUCUGCCCCUUGCGUCAGAGGAAGGCCCAAGGGAGGUCACUGUGAUGAGCGCAAAGACGAUUCUGGCCGCACUGAGCUUCGUGUUCUGAAGCUGUGGAAAGAGGAACGACAAAAGCCUUGUGACCUCGAGCGACGACGAGUGACGUGGCAUCCAGGCUUCAUCCAAAAGGUAGCAAUCAUAUCUCAACUCAUGCGGUGA